AUGUCAUGGAGAGGGAAAGGGAGGGUGUUGUCUGAUUGGUCGAGCGGAGUCAGGAAAACGAGUUCUGUUGCCGAGAGAGAAACAGCGCAAGAGAAAAAACAAGACUGGAGUUAAAAAAAAAAUCUUACUUUAAAAAAAAAAAAAAAAAAUCGGCAGCUCAACGAACGACUGUCUUUUCCAUGAAGAAAAACAGAAGAACACGUCACAACAAAGAAGGAAUGGGUCAAAACGGUGUUCUGACAGUGUAUCGAUGAUCGGAAGGCGCUGAUUUCGGCUCAGAAUUGCCAAGAUUAUCAAGGAGGAGGUCAUCCAGGCCACAUUUAAGAUCCAAUAGAGGUAAGCCAGUGCUGGAGGAAGACACGCAGGAUGAAGCCAGUGAGACGGCAGGGAGGGCGCUCGCCACUCUCAUUGAGGGCCAAAAGUAACAAGAGAAAGCCAACGGCAAGCCAGGGACCUUCAAAUACAUCCCCACUGUCCUUGGAUGGCCAAUCAGAGAUGGGGGAGAUGGAGACACAAGAACAGAAACAUCCGGUACAGGAAGAUUCUCGUAGUUCACCCACAGACAUCGACCCAAUAGACACUCAGGAGUUAGAGAGCAUCAGUCAAGCCACUGGGGUCCCCCUUAAUAAGGGACAAAGCUCAAGGAUCAGGGAAGUGCGCAACUGGAGAUUAAGAGAUCACUCUUUGCUUUUGGACAGUAAAGAAGGUGUAGUUGAGAGCAGUCCCUCCAGAGACCAUCACAAAGGCCAGGAGUCAUUAUCUUCAAGACCAGUCGGUGAAGAUGACAGUGGGAAAGAGGAGUCCUUGUCUGGAAGCAGCAACCAUCCUCCAUCUAGUCGCAAAACUGCCACAUUCAAGUCGAGGGCACCCAAAAAGAAAUAUAUGUUUGACCACCACAGCAGCAGCAUAUCCAGUGGUCACCUUCAAAGCACAGAAAACUUUGAGAGUGUUGGCUCCUCGUCUGGAGAGGUGGUAUCUGGUGGUAGCGUAGUCUCUUCUGAAACUAGCAACAGCAGUCGAGAGGACUGUGAUGGCACUUCUCACAGCAACAACAGCCUCACUUACAGCAAAGAGGACAAGCAAACUGCUGAGUCAAAUUUGGAGGAAGCCCCCAAUAUUUCAGGUGGGACACCAGUGGCAUCAGCCAGCACUUCUGAAUUGCACGACGGUAAUAAUGAACAAGAAGGUAUCUGCAGCUUGCUUUCAGUGCGCUCCUCAAGUACGGACACUGCCAGUGAACACUCCGCUGACUCUGACCUUGAUGCCGGCCCUGCCACCAGCACUUUAACCUCAUGUGGUAUCGAUGCAGAAGGCAGAUGUCUGGAUAAAGAAAUAAAGCACGAUUUAGACUGCUCCAGAGACAAAGAGAAGCAGCAGCCUUUCUGGUAUGACUUGCGACACCUCAAAUCCAAGCGAGUUUUGGCUCGACGCAGUCAUGACUCACCUGGGGAUGGCCCAUCCUUUUUCCAAUCUGGUGUAGUGAAGCAAAUUCGUCGGAGUAGUGAUUUAGGAAUUCAGUUUUCUGGGGAGCGCUCUUUAAUAUACUAUGAAGGAGGAAUGUCUUUUGGAGGAGCAUGUGGCCCUUCGAGUUCAGCAGUGGAUGUGAUCCUUGAUGUCGUUCCUCCCCCUAGCGCAGUGGCGGUUGGAACUCGGGUUUGUGUUUGCAUCAGACCAAAUGAGACAAUCUACAGAGAGGGAAUGGUUCUUGAAAUUAACCCCAAGCCAGUUUCAUAUCGGGUAUUAUUGGAUGGAGCCUCCAAGUCUUCAGGGAACCAUGAGGAGACUGGUGUGGGUGCAAAGAGUGGCACACUUGCAAAGAAGGACAAUGAGUCCGUGUGGGUGUCACUGUCAAGUCUUCGGCUCCUCCAUUCCCCAUGGAUUAAGGAAGACAGUUCUGAUUCUGCUUUCACUGAAGAGGAAAAUGGAGCACUUGGAGGAGGGUGCAAUGCAGGCAAGGAAAAAUGCAACAAGAUAGUUAAUGAUACUCCUGUAGACCGGGACUCGGAGAAAGAAAAAUGUGACAGUGGCACAGUGGUGCAUAAUAUAUCCCCAUUCUUGUCCAAGUCCCGGCCGCUUAUCACACCUCUAACUUCUAACCCUGCUCCGAGUGUCUUUCUUGUAAAGCCAGAUUUGGGGACAGAUGGGGACACCCCACGAUCCCAAUACCAACAGACUCCUCCAGAGGAUGUGGAAGUUUCCAAAAUCAGCUUUCCCAUGGACUCUACCCCCAAGGCUGACAGUGUGGCACUGAUGUUCCCCGGGGAAGAAAAGGGACAAAGCAGUGCACUGUCUGGACUCCCCAUUCAGCGACAGAUAUUAUCCCCUACAAAGUCUCCGGGAUACACACAGCUGGUUGUGGGCCCAAGUACGGGGAUGCUGCCCCUUGUCCUGACUGGAAGUGGUACUCUUGCUUCAUCUAACCGUUGUUUAAUAGAACCGCCCACUUCUCUUCUCUGCCAGGAAGUGACCUCCUCUGCCACAGGGAGUGGACGUAGCAGCACUAGCAGCCUGUCUUUAGAAAAGAGCAACAGCCAGGGAGGAAGUGGGUGCACGACUCCAGCUGCUGGCUCCACUUCUCGCUCACGUACUCCUCUGACUGCUGCCCAGCAAAAGUAUAAGAAAGGAGAUGUAGUGUGCACCCCAAACGGAAUCCGGAAAAAGUUCAAUGGCAAGCAAUGGCGGCGGCUGUGCUCCCGUGAUAGCUGCAUGAAGGAAUCCCAGAGGCGAGGAUACUGUUCACGCCAUCUCUCCAUGCGCACUAAGGAGAUGGAGAACAAUGGGGCAAAUCUACCAUCGGAUACAUUCUCAGGUCUUGGCUCUGCGUCCCGCUCCAGCAGGCUGGACGGCCGGGCAAGCAGUGAAUUUGACUGGGAUGACACAUCCAGGGAUAGCAGUGAGGCAAGCAGUCGUACUGACUCUCGCCCUCGGCUUGCGCUUUCUUCUCAGGCCAUCAUAGCUGCUGCAUGUGCCACACAGGACUUGUCUCGCUUUGACUUUGAUGAAUGUGAGGCUGCCAACAUGUUAGUCUCCUUGGGAAGUUCACGCUCGGGAACACCUUCCUUUUCGCCCGUCUCCAACCAGUCACCUUUCUCGCCUGCACCCUCCCCUUCACCUUCUCCUCUCUUUGGGUUCCGACCAGCUAACUUCAGCCCUAUAACAGCCUCUCCUGUUAUUCAGAGAAUAACGGGACAAAGCAGGCAUGCAACGGCCAGCACCCCAAAAGUAGUUCCAUUAGGAGCUCAGGCCCUGGAAGGAAUUGGCGUAUCACAGCACAGUGGGGGUACUCCACACCGAGAACGGCACAUUUCGGGGAUCCAGCCCACAUUCCAAGCAAACCUGACUUUCACAGUACCGAUGAGCCCCAACAAGCGUAAGUCGGACUCUCACUGCCCUGCCUCAACUGGGAACAGCAUGUCUAUUACAACCCCAAUAGCUGGUGGCAGUGGCAGUACCAGUUCAUCCUGCUCAACAGCUCCGGAUUUUCAAAAGAGUGAUAGCCUGGACUCUGGUGUUGACUCCAUUUCUCAUACUCCCACAUUGCCAUCCACCCCAGCAGGAUUUAGAGCAAUGUCCCCAGCCAGCCAGUUCCCAGGUUCCCAACAGGCUUCACCUCUUCCACUACUAUCGCCCACACCUUCUGCCAUGACCUCUGAUCCCUGUACCACUGUACGACGGGUACCAGCACAGCAGCACCAGCAAAGAGACUCACCAGUUAUUGUUAGAAAUCCAGAUGUCCCUUUACCAGCCAAAUUCACAGAAAAACCCUUGGGAAUUGGGAACAUUGGGGUUGACCCUCACAAUGGUGGCUCGGCUAGCCCAAGGGCACCAAGAUUUACUGGUACUAAAGAAGGUGGAGUAGUAGGAAAUGUGGCAGGAAGUAAUGCCAGGGCAAAAGUGACCGGUCUGCAAAUACCUGUACCAAUCAAUGCCAACCAGCUUGGCGUGGGUGCAAAUGCUGCCAACGGCAUAAGUCGCAGUUUACAGAUGGGUGUGUCUUCUGCAAGCAGCAGCACUCAAUCAGAACAGUCUGCCGUCAGCAGUGCUACCCAGACCCAUGCUACUGAGUCUGUGGCACGUGGCACUGUGGGAAACCCAGCUGUGGGAGGUGUGGGUGCAGUGGGCUUUGGAGGAGUCGUCACACCAUUACCUUACCAUCCUGCUCCCACCGCCCUACUGCCAGUCAUCGUUCCUUCAGAGUUCUCACACCCAGUACCACGCAAAGACAUCAUCAUGGGCAGGCCAGGCACAGUUUGGACAAAUGUGGAGCCCAGGUCUGUGCCUGUGUUUCCCUGGCAUUCUCUGGUCCCAUUCCUUGCUCCCAGUCAGUCAGAGUCUUCUGUUCCUUCAUCUGAGAGUCAGCAGGCUGUUGAUCAUCCUCCCAUACCAAAUCAAAAUAAAGAUCCUUCGCUUUCCUGUGUUGUCCCAGUUCCAGACUCCGGAAACAGUAGCUCAGGAGGUGACCCUGAGAAACCCACAGCACCCAGCCCCAGCCAGACUGAAGUCCCUCAUGCAGGGGCAGCUAUACCAGCCGAAGAUCAGGCACCUUUGGGAAGAGAGGGAGUCGUAGGUGGUGCAGACAGUGAGACUGAAAGUGAUGUUGAUGACCCGUUUUACCCAGCAUUGAUGUCUGAAGCACCAAUAUCUGUUUCUCCAGUAAAAAGGCGAACCCAGUCACUUAGUGCUUUGCCAAAGGAUCGAGAUCUAGGAUGUGACAAAGAGGGCCGAAGUCCAGGAAAGAGGGAGAAGGAUCACAUUCGUCGUCCUAUGAAUGCUUUCAUGAUCUUCAGUAAGAGGCAUCGGGCUUUGGUCCAUCAGAGACACCCAAAUCAAGACAAUCGUACUGUUAGCAAGAUCCUUGGAGAGUGGUGGUAUGCACUGGGGCAGAAGGAGAAGCAAAAGUACCAUGACCUAGCUUUUCAGGUUAAAGAGGCCCAUUUUAAGGCACACCCAGACUGGAAAUGGUGCAACAAAGACAGAAAGAAGUCCAGCUCUGAUGUGAAGACGGCACUUGUGGGACCUGGAGGAGUAUCAAAGGACAUUAGAGAGAGAAGUGUAUCUGAGACUGGAACCGUUGGAGGGACAGAGCAAAGGGGAUGUCCUGGGGUUGCAUCAGUAAACGAGCGACUUGGAGGGGAUGGAACCCAGGCACAGUUGACACGACCCAGAGCUUUCUCUCACAGUGGGGUGCACAGUUUGGAGAGAGCUGACAGGAACAACACACAGACCUUAGUUGAGUUGGCACAGAUGUGUGGCAGCACUGCCUCUCAGUUUUCUGGGACCUCUAGUGUAAGAUUCUCGAAUCCUAGGAGGUCCUAUUCCCGUUCACAACGUGCAGCCAGUGAAGACAUGACAAGUGAUGAGGAGCGAAUGGUCAUCUGUGAGGAAGAAGGAGAUGACGAUGUCAUAGAUGAUUCCUUUCCCCCUGGGACCAUUGAUCUGAAAUGUAAAGAAAGAGUAACAGAAAGUGAUAGUGAGGGGGCCUCUGGGGAGGAGCCUGAAAGCAAGAGAGCCUUUGCACCAGUAAUUCGCUCUUCCUCUGCUGUUGUACCUUCGUCUUCAUCCUCCAUUUUUGCACAUUGUCGUACUGGAAGUGAUUUAAAAUCUGAUAAAAUUACUGUUGAAGAAAAACAGAGCCUAAACCAGGAGCACCCAAGUUCUUCAGCAGUGCUCCAGCAGCAGCUUGGAAUGGCUAACUUAGUCAGUUCACAGUCUGGUCAGCAACGCAGUGUUUCCUUGACCUUGUACCAGCCAAGCAAUGUAUACAGUGUCUCAGGUGGAGCUAACACUGGAGUUGGCAAGCAUUUCCCAGCAACUGGAGACAUUAGUAGCAGUGAGAGCACAAUGCAGGUUUUUGAAAGAAAGAGGAAGCGUGUUGAGAAUAGUGGAAUGGCAGUUCAAUUGAAGGACUCCACAGCAGGGAUUUCUGAUUCACUUGCAUAUGGGACAAACGCUUCAGUGCCUCCUAAUGUAAACCAGUCAGUAAUUGCAAGUACUGUCAGCAUUCUGCCCACGUUAGUCUUCCCCCAUUCUUCACCUGUGACUAACACCUCAUGUAUUUUCUCCACAAAGGCCUCAGUUGCUGCAAGCAGCACAGGUGUUCUUGGUACUAGCUUGGCACCAAUUAUGGGGGCAACAAGAAUGGCUUCCACUGUUGUGACCAGUGUGGUAAAGCCUGUGAGCAGUACGCCUGUACCUAUUGCUAGUAAGCCUCCACAGUCUGCUGCUACAACAGUCGGGAGGGAUUCAGCAUCCACUUUAGGGGUCACACAAAGUGCUGUUUCUUCACUGGAACACCUGCAUGGUAUACAGAACAGAGCUGUCAUGACACCACCAUUGAGCACAACAAAUAAUGCAAUUACAGUUGGUGCGGGCCGAAUUUCAGGUUCUCCUCUACCCCAGGUAGGGGUGAUUUACACUGAGAAACAGCAGCAGCAACCACAGAUUCUUAUUGGACAAGGAGCAAGCAUUGGGGGUGUGGCUAAGCAACACUUUUCACCUAGCACAUCUGCUGGUACCAGUACCCUCAAUGUAGCAGCUGUGACCAACUUGGUUGUUGGUGGACCGCACUCUUUUGGUAAUUCAGGACAGACCAUAAAUUCCACUAGGCAGCCUGCUGCAGUUCAGCUUUUAGCACAACAGCCUGGUGCCACUCCAGGAACCAGUAAUAAUGGUCCACUUCCUCUGGGUAUCCUUCAGUCUCCAGCACAGUUCCUGUCCACUGCUGCAUCCCCUGCUUGUGGGCCAAAAGGGAUAACACAAGUACAGUACAUCUUACCAACCCUUUCUCCUCAAUCACUGAACAAUGCUGCAUCCUCUGGCAGUAAUAAAAUUGGUCCUGGAGGUCAAACUACUCUACUGCCCACUUCACACAAUCAUCACCCUCCUGUUGCUCAGCAACCAGCCAGCAUACAGUUCACAUUGCCAGCACCACCGCCUGGUACUGGAGCAGCUAAUGGAAAGGUUAUUGCUACAGCAACAGGAGUAUCGCAAGCAAUACCGAUCAUGCAACCUGGACCUGCUGCUAGCCCAACAAUUGGAGUCGUUUCUCCAGGGCACAGAGCUCAGUCUUUGUCUCCAGUGCAAGCCCAGUCUCCAGUACUUUCAAGCACGGUGCUGCAGCCUUCAAGCAUUCUGACUCCAGCAGGACCUGUUCAGGGCAAGAUGUUGGUGCCUAUGUCAGCAGUCAGGCCAGCAAAUUCGGGUCAGCCUCCCCCUUUGCCAGUUGUUCCAUCUCACCUUCCUGUACCUGUCCAAAAUGGUGUACAGCCUAGCAAGAUAAUUCAUAUUGCAUCAGUACCUGUUGUCCAGUCCCAGCUUUCUUCAACGGGUGCAGUGCAGGCUGGAAGUCACUUUCCAGUUACUAUGGCAACUGCAGCAGUGAUGACUCCUGGCUCAUCACAACCACAGAAAGUCCUUCUGCCUUCUGCAACUGCUCGUAUUACAUAUGUCCAGCCUGCACCUGGUGUACCCACACCAGUUCCUCUGGUCUCUUCAACUGUCACUUCAUCCCAACAAGCUCAACAUACUCAAGGGCCUGCGUAUGUUCCAUCUCCUAUGAGCACUCUGGGUUUUGCUGCUAUUGCACCCUCUGGACAAACAUUGGUUCAGCCUAUUAUAACAGGUCAGCCCUCACUUCUAACCCCUGGACAAUCUCAGUCUUGCCCACAACUACCUCCACCAAAUCCUCCCAGUUCUGGGGGUACAAGCCAGUUAUUGACUGCGAUCUACCCUUCUCCAGGUGUGGCUACCGCAGGUGUUGUGUCAGUUGCAACAGUGCCCCAAAGUGUAGUAUACUCUGUGUCUAGCCCCUCUGCAGCUCACAGUACCUCUGCUCCAGGAGCAUCCAAUAGCUCUGUGGUAUCAAUGCAACAGCAGUCUUCUAUCUACCAGUACUCCUCAGGCUCUGGACUAGCUCCCGUUCCAGCAAUGUCAGGCAGUGUACCAGUUGCACCAAAAGCUUCCCGGAUGGCACCCUCCACACCUUCUGCAUCUUCAGUGAAAACUCCACAAAAGGUGAAGGCCACACUGGCUAGUAUUCCUGUGGGCAACUUUGAAGGUGUCCGGAGCAGUACCCCUAACAAGCCAUCUGGAUCAGGGGAGAGAGAGGUUACUACAGUAGUAGCGCCUCGGUUUCUGUUUGACAGUGAUAAACUGAGCACUGGGAACUCUCCCACAACUCCUCACACUCAGUCUAGAAGGACAGAACCUGAGCUUGCAUGCCAGGUUGAUCCAGCUGGGGAAUCUCAGGACAGCAAAUCGGAUUUGGUUCGAUCAUCUGGGACACCUCCAACUGAGGAUAAGCCAGCCACAUCAGCCCAAAAAUUACAGGAGAGCUGGGAGAACAGUGUAACCACAAAUAAUAAGAGUUGCAACAGUGCUGAUGACAGAGGAGGAACAACAGAAGGCCAGCUCAAUUCAGGAGGAAACGGUGAAAAUACAUUGCAAAGCACAGGAUCUGCAGCAUCUAUAGGAUCCGUUCGAGGCAAAGAAAGUGCUGCUCAGGUCCAGAGUGCAAGGAGGGGCCCAGUUUCAGAAAGUUCAACCGCUUGUCAGCAGCAUACUACCGCUGCCAUCACCACUUCCUCUUCAUCAUCCUCCCCCUCCUCUUCCUCCUCCUGCUCCUCCUCCUCCUCCACCUCGUCAGCUAACUCUACAGUAGUGGGAGGAACAGAAAAUACAAAGUCACUUCCUCCUCAGGUAGAAGAAAGAAAAGAACCACUACCUACAAAGAAAAUAAAAGUGAGGCCACCACCCUUAAAAAAGACCUUUGACUCUGUGGACAAGGUGUUGUCAAAUGUGUAUUUUGAGGAGCGUUUUGCAGAACUCCCAGAAUUUAGACCUGAAGAAGUUCUGCCCUCUCCAACUCUGCAGAGCCUUGCCACUUCUCCCCGUGCAAUUCUAGGCAGUUACCGCAAGAAAAGAAAAAAUUCUACUGAUCUUGAUUCUUCAACGGAGGAUCCAAUAUCCCCAAAACGAAAGAUGCGUCGCAGGUCAAGUUGCAGUUCAGAGCCAAACACACCAAAGAGUGCAGCCAAGUGUGAGGGUGACAUUUUCACCUUCGAUCGUCCAGGGACAGAUUCUGAGGAUGUUUUAGGAGAGCUGGAGUUUGACAAGGUGCCAUAUUCCUCACUUCGUCGAACUCUAGACCAGAGGAGGGCAUUGGUUAUGCAGCUUUUCCAAGAACAUGGGUUUUUCCCCUCGGCCCAGGCGACAGCUGCCUUCCAGGCCCGUUUUGCUGACAUCUUUCCCACAAAGGUGUGUUUGCAGCUAAAGAUUCGAGAAGUGCGUCAGAAGAUCAUGCAGACUGCUACACCAACGGAAAUGAGUAUCCCAGGAAGUUCCCAAGACCAGCCAGCUAGUGUCCCUAGCACCCCUACUCUUCUAUCGGGUAGUAUUAGCAACUGCCAGCAAGGUGUUGAAGGUAUAUCUAUUUCAGGCCAGUCUAUUGAGGCUAGCCAUUCCCAUGAUACACCAGAGCCAGGGGAACAAGAGCAGUCCAGCAGUCCCAGCUCCCAGCAGCAUAUGCACACAUCCCAGGAUUCCAGUAGGUGAAGUCAAGAGGAGGAAGGAAGUGUUGAUGGAAUCAUGCAUAGUCAGUCAGAGGGAUGAGAGCUCCAUUAAUUCUGACUAGAUUCUGUAUUGGGGGGAAGAAACCUCCCUUCAUCUGGGAGGUACAAGUAUAUCUUUGGAGAAACUUUCAGUCUUGGUCCCCAGUUUUUUUCAAAACUCAGAAAAUGUUGACCCCUUUUCUCUUAAGUGGUACGUGGUAGCCUUCCACUGUUUAUCACAGAGCACAGUGUACUGAUCAUGGCUGCUGAAGACUGAUUGGAAGAGGGGGUCCAUCUUAGGGAAACCCAGUGGAGUUGGGUUAAGAAGUACACUAUAAUAAGGUUUCAGUUUAAUUUUCUGAAAGCUCUUCUGUCUGAAGCUGUUACAGAGCAGCAACAUAGUAGGCAGGAUUUGCCACUUACUUUGCUAUUAUGUUCACUUUACCAGAGUUGGGUGGGCAGGGAGGUAAUCAUGAUUUGAUUUGCUCAAAAAUUAAAAUAAUCCUGCUAGUUAUUUUUAGCAGGUGCACAUCAAUACCUGCCAUGCCAGUGGUGGUUGGAAUCAAUGCCUAAAAACAUAACUUGUUGAUCAAAUUGCAAUAGACAGACUGAUUCAAUACAUGUAGAAGCAUCAAGAUUUUUGAAACCACUUUUUAAUCAUAGAUAUAGAGAAAUGGCUUGUGGCCAGGAUGUCACUGUGGGGGGCCACUUGAAAGGAAGCACAAAUGGAGCAUACUCCUUUUAAAACUGCAUCAAUGUUUUAAAUGUUUUUGGACAUUUCCUGCUGUUUGAUAAUCUGUCUGUUUUGAAAGUGUUCUCCUGACACCUUCUGCACAGGACCCCCAGGAGCAGGGUCUGUACUUUCACACUAGCUGUCCUUUGAUCGGGGCUGCAGUGUUCUUAAGACUGAGGAGUCAUGUUGGUCUAAGGUAAAAGCAAGAAGUUAAUCAUCAUGCAGUGGUUACUACUUCUGAUGGCUCUAAGUAAUGUACUGCAGCUUGCACAAAAGGGCAAGGAAUCCUAUGGAAAUCCCUGACUAGAAAAUCGAAGAAGAAACGCGUGAAAGGAUUUACAGUGGGCAGUGCUACAGUCUCACUUCUAGGAGCUGCCUUACAAUUUUGAUGAACAUACAGAGGCCUUUUGAGGGGAAACUGCUUUGGCUUCACUUAGAAGCAUAAAUGGAACCGUCUGAUCUGCAGACUGGGUUUUACGCUUGGUGAAGAACUGUCCUGUGAUCUGAAGGGGAUCCUGUUGGGAGGAGUAAAGGGGCGCUGGUCAGAGCAGCGUUUCCACAGUUACUAAUAUAUUGAUAAAGUGUCACACUUUUAACAGUAAUAAUGAUAUAAAAUAAUUUUAUAUUAUAUAAAAUGCUUUUAAAAUGGAA